ACUUGAUUUGUGUAUUAUUUUGAAUUUUGUUAAUAAGUGAUAUCGUCUGUCAAUAAUAACCUUAAAUCUACGUCUAUACUACACUAAUAUGUUCUGUCGGUUCUGAUGUAUCUGCUAUAGUAUGUACUAUGUAUUACAAAAAUGACAAUUUGUCAAUACGCUUGUUAUAAUUAAUAGUGUACAUUAUAUUACUCGUACCCCGUUCCUGUAUUGCCAGUGUAGAUUUUGCGUGUGCUUUGUUUACUGGCUUUAAGCUUGAGUAAUAAGUAGUUACUAGUUUUAGUAACUAUUAUUCAUCAAAUAGCUAUUAAUUAUUAUCCGUUAAAUAUUUCCAAUUCUAGUCUUGAAUCUAUACUGUGGAUCUAUUUGUUGUGUUGUACAUUUUUGUCAUCAGCUUGUCCGUAUUAUAUUAACUUCAUAUUCGUUGAUAAUAUUGUAUUAAAAUAUAUAUUGUGAGUUAUAAGUGUAUAAGUUAAAGGGUGGCUUGUAUAAUUUUUAGAAAAUGGAAAGAGGUGGAAGAGGUAUAAGAAGAGCUAGAGGUGGUCGUCCUUUCAUUAGAGGUUUUUAUCGUGGUAGGACACCAAAUAGAAAAGGAACAAUGCGACGUCCAAUGGGAAGUAGAUCAAGACUGUCUAGCUCUAGAGAUAAAUAUGAAUCUUCAUACAAUGAUAAUGAUCGAAGUGAUUCACGUGAAAGAUCGUGGGAUUCUAAAUCAGACAAAGAUAUCUCAAAAGAAAAACAUGAUGGAGAUGAUUCUUCGCCAAUCAGCAGAAGUAAAUGGGAUAAAGAUGAAGACCAUAGUGAAAAAAAUGAUGAGCGUUACUCAGAUAAAAAAGGUUAUUAUGAUGCAAAGUAUUAUAGACGUGCAUCUGGACACCCACAUAGGGGUUAUAGACGACCAUAUCAAAAUAAUUAUUGGGAUAGAAGUGAUCGUGGAAGACAUCAUUCACCACAAAGUCAAUAUCGUGUAAGACCCUAUAAUUCGCCUUCUAGACAUAGACGUUAUUCUCGUUCUCCUGAUAGACGUAGAUCACCAAGUAGAUAUCGAUCUAAAUCACGAUCUCGAUCUCACUCACAUUCUCCUAGCAGAUCCCGACGCUACACUACUCCAAAACUUAGAUCGCCUAAGAGAAGAUCUCCAUCACGACGGCCUAGGUCACCUAAUGCACAAGAUCAGUCCAUAGAAAAAACUCAAGCAGUAAAGAGUAAUUCUGAUGACGAAAAUAAUUCUGAUGAUUUUGUUGAAAAGUUAAAAGCCUCAAAAGGUUCUAAAACACCAGGCAGAGUAGAGUAUACAGAAAAAAGCGAUGAUGAAUAUUGGAUUGAAACUAAUAAAAUUGAUUCUAAAGAUACAAAAGAUGCAAAAAAAUCUAAUAGACCAGAAUAUUCUUCCAAAAGCUCUAAAACUCCUGGACGACCAGAAAUUUCUAGUAAUGAUAAAGAUGAACACUGGAUAAAAUCUCAAACUUCCAAGACUUCAACUAAAAAUCAAUAUUCUAAUAGUUGGGAUGAUUCUCCUAUUCGAGAGAAAUCUAUUCCUAAGGUACUAAAAACACCUGGUAGAAAAGAUUAUUCCGCUAAAGAUGACGAUUACUGGAUAAAUUCUCCUCCCACUGAGACUAAAAAAGAUCGUAGUUCAAAUGACGUAUACUCAAACAAGACAAUAAAUAAAGAUUCUACAACCAUGUAUGUACAAGAAUUAAGUUCAUCUGAUUCUGAGCCAGAAAAAAAAGUUACGAAGAGAGCCAGGUCUAUGUCAUUAACUAACUCUGAUAAAAGUGAUACUCCACCGUUAAAUGCCGAACAGUCUAAUAAAUUAGGAAAUCGGUAUUCUCAAGCUCCACCUUCAUCUUCCAGAGCGCCAAAUUCUAUUUUAAAGGAACCACCACCUCCUACACUACCUGCUACACCCAACAAUUUACCAUUAUAUAAUUCACAAUGGCCAGGAAUACAGAAUUCUGCCACUCCAUAUUCAUCAACUACAAACUAUGUCCAACCUCAACCUUCACAAUUCACAGCUUACCAACAACGACAACCAGUUCCUGUAAGUACUAUUAAUGAUGUAAACUUUUAAGACAGAUUUUGAUAGUUGAAGUCAAACUAUUAUGCAUUUAUAUCACUUUUGAAUAAUUAUCCCAAUAAUUUACUCCAGAAUUUUGGAUAAUAUAUUUAGGUGGUACCUAUAUAUAUCAGUGGCGUAUUUACAGCGGGGAUAUGGGGGAUAGAUCCCCCCCUUGACCUUUUUUUUUUGUAAAAUUAAGUUUACUUAUUUUCUGUAUUUCUCAAUAUGAUACUACUUUUAAGUUUUAAGUAGGUACCUAUAUCUGUUUCUAAAUUUUCUAGCCGUUGUAAUUUGUCCGCUUUGAUAUAGGUACUAUACGCCACUAGUCGAUCGUGGCAUAAAUAUCGGAAAAUAAAAAUAUAUAUCUAUAUGGUGGUA